AUGGCACUCGCUGCGAUGCGUCGUGCCGACCUUUCUGCACUUCUGCGUAAGAGCCGGGAAGAUCGGGAACAAAUGUGGAAGUGCUUCGAAUUACUCUCUCCAGAGCUCGUACAGGAGAUCUUCGGCUAUGUCAUGAUCGAGAGUUACCAGCCGGUCGAUGCUAGCAAUACCACGGCCCUCUUCGACAGGAUCUAUCGCAAGGUCGACAGCAUUCCAAGCUGUCUUGCCGACAUAGCAGUCAAUGUUUACUUCGAAGUCAACACCUUCAACCUCUUCACGACACAGCCACUAAUGGAUGCUGCAAUAGAUCCUUCGAUCGACAUGAGCAAUGAAUGGUUCUUCGAUCUCCACUUUCCGGCCCCAUUUUCACGCAUCAGGCGAAUUGAGUUGUGCUGCCUCACCGUCAAAGAGGAAAACGAAUUGCGCUACAGUUCUGGACCGACGGAGCAGAAUAUUGUGCUUGCGAGGAUUGAGCAGCGCCUGAGCCUCGUCGUGGAAAGGCUCCGGGCUUUCAAGUCUCUGAUCGUGUUCUUGUGCCCAGUCAAAGCGCACGAAGAUGCUUCGCAAGGCACACGCCAUUCAUAUACACAUCUCAGAAACCACUUGGCCCUUGAAAGUGCUGCUAGAAUCGUCUCAAUCUUGCGCGCGCUGAAAGUCUCCGAGGUCGCCCUGGGCUUUCACGGCCACAUCGGCCAAGUUUCCAUGCCCUGGAAAAUGAACGGCAUCGCGAUGACAGAAAUGGAGCUUGCAAAAGCUCUCAGGCGCCUGCCGCGACAGAGGACUAUUCUCGUGAAGGGGACGGAAAAAGGGUACCAAGAAUCCAGUGCUCGUCGUUCGGCGUGA